AUGAUCAAUUUAAUUCUUUGCAAAACAAUACCCUAUGCGGUUAAGACAUUAACUUAUGUUAGUAAAUGGUCAAUGGCAUAUGUUAGUUUAACGCGUCUUCAUAAGACAACGAUAAAGGAAUCUAUCUUAACUUCAAAACAUCUAUCGAAUGCAGACAAAAAACAAACAUUGUUCUACACGGUAUGCAUGUUUUGCGUCAUCGCUAGUACAACAACUGAAAUUUUCUUUCAUCAAUUAGUUAAGACUAAAGAAUCGAUGGUACAAUGUGUUAUAAACUAUUCAAUGUUUUGGAGUCGUUUUGAUACAGUUCUUCUAUUUAUUCAUCAUUUAGUACCGUUUGUUAUAUAUGUAUAUUCAUUUCUGAUGACCAUUCGAUUGUUAGCACAAAGUAAAUCAUCGACUCAAAAACAAUCAUUUUCGGUUACAUUUUUGAAACAAAUACAAAAAUGUAAAAAUCAAUUGAUUUCUCCUUUUCUAAUGCUCAUUUCAACAUUACCUCAAUUAAUAAUUGUCUUUGCUGUUGAUUGUGAUCAAUGGUACAAUAUGUGGCUUCGUCAUCUUAUCCUUGCUAUGUAUCUCAUUGCGCAUACUCCUGAAGUAUUAACGUUUAUUUUACUUAUUUAUCCGUCAACUGUCUACAAAUGUGCUUUUCAACAGACAAUCAUUGGUAAACGAUUAUCAACUAUACUAAAAUAA